AUGAGGCAAGACAUUUCCUGGUUUGUUCGGACCUGUCACCUUUGCCAGAUUCGCCAGACUCGCAACGUCCUCAUUCCCCCGACUGUCGCCACGCCCGCACCACUCUUCGCGAAGAUGUAUAUGGAUACCAUGCACAUGCCGACCGCCGGUGGUUUCAAGUAUCUCGUGCAAGGCCGCUGUUCGGUAUCACACUACCCCGAAUUCCGCAUGCUGCGAUGCGAAACAAGCUCCGCACUCGCCGACUGGAUCUUCGAGGAUAUCCUGUGCCGAUGGGGAACACUGGUAGAGAUUGUCUCCGACAACGGACCGGCAUUCGUCAAGGCGCUCGACCAGCUAGCAAAGAAGUACUACGUUCGGCACAUUCGCAUUUCGGGCUACAAUUCCCGCGCCAACGGCAUCGCCGAACGACCUCACUUCGACGUUCGGCAGGCUCUGUUCAAAGCCGUUGAUGGAGACCAGGCCAAAUGGAAUCGUGCAGCUCAUUUCGUAUUCUGGGCUGAUCGUAUUACUGUUCGGCGCCGAAUGGGUUGCUCGCCAUACUUCGCAGCGACCGGAACCCAUCCCCUCCUUCCCCUCGACAUCGCCGAAGCCACCUAUCUUCUACCACCACCGACCACAGCCCUCAGCACCACCGACCUCAUUGCUCGACGUGCCAUCGCUUUGCAGAAACGACGAUCGGACCUCGCCCACCUUCGCAGCUCAGUAGUCGGCGCCCGUGUCCAGGCCGCCAUCCGAUUCGAACAACAGCAUUUGGCCACACUUCGCGACUUCAAUUUCCACCGAGGCUUGCUUGUCCUGAUGCGCAACACAGCCAUAGAAAAGGCGCUCAAUCGGAAGAUGCGUCCACGUUAUUUAGGACCUUUGCUAGUAAUUUCUAGGAAUCGGGGAGGAGCGUAUAUUUUGGCCGAACUCGAUGGAUCAGUCUUUGAUCGGCCAGUUGCAGCAUUCCGCGUUAUUCCUUAUUUUGCUCGCAGGUCUCUGAAGCUCGCCGACCUUGAAGCCCUCCUCGACAUCUCGCAGGAACGCCUUCGGGCCAUGGAAGAUUCCCGAUCGAGCGACGACGACGCCGAAGACGAUAGUGCCGAUGAAGAUACCGACACCAGCUCAGUCCGAUCGGCGGAGGACGACGAUGCGGCUUCGGCGACCUCCAACUAG